AUGAAAUCUCGGUAUCGAUUAAAAACAAAAUCAGCACUAAACAAAGAAGAUACUAGUCAAAGAAAACCAUUUAUUGAAACGAAAUCAACAAUUGACACUGCUAGUCUUCCAUCAUCAUCAUCAUCAUUAUUAAUAAUGCCAUCCAUACCUAAGCGAAGCGAUUGGAGAAAAGAUAAAUGUAAUAUAAGUCUUUUAUUAUUUCUUUAUUUAUUACAAGGUGUUCCACUUGGUAUGGCUGCAUCCAUACCUUUGAUUAUUCAAACAUAUGGCACUAGUUGGUCUCAACAAGCAACAUUUUCAUUUGCUUUUUGGCCAUUUAGUCUUAAACUUCUUUGGGCACCAAUUGUUGAUGCAUUAUAUAUAAAAAGAUAUGGUCGAAGAAAAACAUGGCUUAUACCAGUACAAUAUUUAAUUGGAUUAGUUAUGAUUAUACUUUCAUAUCAUAUUAAUGAUAUAUUACUUACAACAAAAACAUCAACAAAUAAUCAACCACAUAUUUAUUUUCUUACAUCAAUUUUUUUUGGUUUAUCUUUUCUUGCUGCUACACAAGAUAUUUGUGUUGAUGGUUGGGCACUUUCAAUGCUUUCAAGAGAGAAUGUUGGUUGGGCAAGUAUAUGUAAUUCUGUUGGUCAAACAGCUGGAUAUUUUUUGGGUAAUGUCGUUUUUCUUGCAUUUGAAUCAAAAGAUUUUGCAAAUCGUUAUGUACGACAACCAUUAAAUAUGGAAUUACAAUCAACUGGAUUAAUUACAUUUUCUGGUUUUCUUCUAUUUUGGGGGAUAAUUUUUGUAAUAUCAACAACAUUAGUUGCUUUAUUGAAACAUGAAAUUGAUGAAUAUUAUGAUCCACAUGAUCCUCAUUUUGGUCUUACUGAAACAUAUAAAGUUCUUCUAAAAGUGUUUCGUUUACCAUCAGUUCGAUCUAUAGCAUUGAUUUUAUUAACAGCUAAAAUAGGUUUUUCUGCAACAGAUGCAAUGACUGGAUUAGAAUUAAUUGAACGUGGUGUUGCAAAAGAUUCAUUAGCUUUAUUAGCUAUACCAUUAGUACCAUUACAAAUUAUUUUACCAUUUCUUAUAUCAAAAUAUAUGACUGGAAAAAAACCAUUAAAUAUUUAUAUUAAAUCAUAUCCAUUUCGAUUACUUUUAGGUAUAAUCAUGGCUAUAUUUGUCUAUAAUACACCAACAUUUCAAAAUUAUAAUAAAACAUUUCCUUGGUAUUAUUAUACAUUAGCUAUUGUUAUCUAUGCUAUACAUCAAAUAUUUGUAUACAAUAUGUUUGUUUCUCAAAUGGCUUUUUUUGCUCAAGUUAGUGAUCCUAAAAUUGGUGGAACAUAUAUGACAUUACUUAAUACAUUAUCAAAUCUUGGUAGUAAUUGGAUUUCAACAACUGUAUUAUAUGCAGCUGAUUAUUUAACAUGGAAAACAUGUUCAUUAGGUGGUAGUCAAUGUAAAACAGCGGUUGAAGAAAACAAUUGUCAUAUAUUAGGAGGUGUCUGUGAUCUAUCUAUAGAUCCGUAUUAUAUUGAAAUAUCCAUAUGUAUUAUAGCGGGUAUUAUUUGGUUUCUAUGGAAAUACCAAACAAUAAUACGUUUACAAUAUUUGCCGAUUAGUGCAUGGCAACUUAAUAAAUCUUGGCAAAAAAUUCAACGACAAUACAUGGCUGAGUCAGAAACAAAACCAACGCUUACGGAAUUAAAUCCACCACCAGAUUAUGUUUCACAACGUAUUAAAAUCUGGGAGGAAUUAAAAACAAAAUAUCAAAAUUAUGUUGCUUCACAGCCACAAGUUGAUAUUACAAUAACUUUACCAGAUGGAAAAAAGUUACCUGGUAAAUCAUGGAAAACAACUCCAAAUGAAAUUGCACAGGGUAUUAGUCAAGGAUUAGCAGCUGCAACUGUUAUUGCGAAAGUCAAUGGUGAAUUAUGGGAUCUUGAUCGACCAUUUGAAAAAGAUUCAUCAUUAGAAUUAAUUAAAUUUGAUGAUGAACAAGGCAAACAAGUAUUUUGGCAUUCAACAGCACAUAUUAUGGGUGAAGCUAUGGAAUUAUGUUAUGGUGGUUGUUUAUGUUAUGGACCACCGAUUGAACAAGGUUUUUAUUAUGAUAUGUAUCUUGAAAAUCGGACGGUAUCGGGUCUUGAUUAUGAACCAUUGGAAAAAGUUAUGAAACGAAUUGUUAAAGAAGAACAACCAUUUGAACGUUUAGAAAUUUCCAAAGAAGAUUUAAUGCGUUUAUUUGGAUAUAAUCCAUUUAAAGUUCGAAUUCUUAAUGAAAAAGUGCAUACGCCAACGACAACUGUUUAUCGAUGUGGUCCAUUGAUUGAUCUUUGUCGUGGUCCACACAUUCGCCAUACAGGAAAAGUUAAAGCCUUUGCGAUCACAAAAAAUUCUUCAACGUAUUGGGAAGGCGAUCAAACACGUGAAACUUUACAACGUAUAUAUGGAAUAUCAUUUCCUGAUGCAAAACAACUUAAAGAAUGGAAACAUCUUCAAGAAGAAGCAGCUAAACGAAAUCAUCGAAAGAUUGGUCUUGAACAAGAUCUUUUCUUUUUUCAUGAACUUAGUCCUGGUUCAUGUUUCUUUCAUCCGAAAGGAGCACAUAUUUACAAUAAACUUAUUGAAUUUAUUCGAGGUGAAUAUCGUAAACGUGGUUAUCAAGAAGUUAUUUCACCGAAUAUUUUCAAUUCCAAAUUAUGGAAAACAUCUGGACAUUGGGAUCAUUAUUCAGACAAUAUGUUUAAAACAGAAAUUGAAAAAGAAGUCUAUGCACUUAAACCAAUGAAUUGUCCAGGACAUUGUGUUAUGUUUUCAUCACGUCUUCGUUCAUGGCGUGAAUUACCAUUACGUAUGGCUGAUUUUGGUGUUUUACAUCGAAAUGAACUUUCAGGAGCAUUAAGUGGUCUUACACGUGUUCGAAGAUUUCAACAAGAUGAUGCACAUAUAUUUUGUACUCAAUCACAAAUAAAAAGUGAAAUAGAAGGUUGUUUAGAUCUUUUAAAACAUGUUUAUGGUAUAUUUGGUUUUACAUUUGAAUUAAAAUUAUCAACGCGACCUUCGAGUUUCUUGGGUGAAAUUGAAACAUGGAAUCGAGCUGAAAGUCAACUUGAAGAAGCUCUUAAAUCAUUUGGUUAUCCAUGGAGAAUUGAUCCAGGUGAUGGUGCUUUUUAUGGACCAAAAAUUGAUAUUACCAUUCGAGAUGCUUUACAACGUGCUCAUCAAUGUGCAACAAUUCAACUUGAUUUUCAAUUACCUCAACGUUUUCAACUUCAAUAUCAAACAAAUGAACAAGGUGAACUUCAAACACCAGUUAUUAUUCAUCGAGCUAUAUUAGGUUCAAUUGAACGUAUGAUGGCUGUUCUCACAGAAUCAUUUGGUGGAAAAUGGCCUUUCUGGUUAUCACCACGUCAAAUGGCAAUUGUACCUGUUUUUCCAUCAUUAGAUUCCUAUGCUCAAGAAGUUCAAAAGAAACUUUGGCUUGCUGGCUUUCAAGUUGAUUGUGAUUUAGAUCCAGGUACAACAUUAAAUAAAAAAAUACGCCAAAAUCAACUUGCUCAAUACAAUUUUAUUGGCGUUGUUGGUCAAACAGAACAAGCUAAUGGAACAAUUAAUAUUCGUACGCGUGAUAAUAAACAACAUGGUGAAUUUACAAUUGAUGAAGUCAUUAAGCGAUUUAGAGAAUUAGCUGAAACACGUACAAAUCAUGCUGAAGAUGAAUUUGCUGGCCCAUCUGCCGAGAGUAAUGUUGCUGGAGCAACAUCGAAAUUAGAACAUACAAAACUUUCUGAAAGUCAUGACGAUUAA